CGCGCCUGCUUCCUUUUUCCUAUACCUGUUCACUCCCACAGGAGGAAGUUGUAGAUUCUCUUAAAAGGGACGCGCCAGAGCAGUGGACUCACUCUCGGGUGUGACGCGGCGACAGGACCGGAUCAGAAUGCGGCUGAACCAGAUUCUCAUCGGGACUGUUUGCCUCGUGGCUCUGUGCGCGUGCAAAAAGUGUGUCAGCGUAGAUGACCUGAAGAAAAUAGAGGAGAAGGCGAUGAGAAAACACGGCAUCGGCAUCUGGCAGCACAGCAUCUCCUCUCCCAGCUCAGACGCAACCGGCUGUCCGGUUGACCUUUACCAGAACUGGGACUCCAAAGAUGAAAAGAGAUCCGUCUCCCCCUGGAAAUACACGGAAGUCACAAGGGAGGGUUACUUCCCCCCCUCCUACAUGGAGGCCCAGUGUCUGUGUAAAGGAUGCAUACUAAAAGAGGGCAACAAUGUCAUUGAGAGCCACAACUUCAACUCCAAGCCCCUGGUGGUGUCCCGGAUGUUUCUGAGACGAGUCCUCUGUGAGGGCGGGAACAACGGCACGGCCAAGACGUACAAACUGGAGAGGGUUCAACUGGAUGUAGCAGUGGGGUGCAUCUGUGUCAGGACCCGAAGCUAGGGGGGGCGCUGGGGAGUGUGUGGUGAUGGUCUAACGAGCACGAUGCCCUGGGGCACCGGUUUCACCCCCAGG